GGCGCUCUUGUCAAGUGUCAAGGAUGUUGUGAAUUAUCGUAGCUUUCUCGGAUUAUUCUUAUGACAUGUACUAGUGGUCCUGUGAUAUUUGUCAUAAAACAAGAUAUUUUGUUCACUUAUUAUUAGAACACUCUCUAUUCCUGUUAUCGUUCCACAUAAAACAGUUCUUGGUAUCAUUGUAAGUUCCCAGUCGAUGUGUAUUAUGCCGAGAAAAAAUAAACCAUCCAGUUUAUUUAAAAAAUAAAUCGCAAAACUGCUUUAAUUUUUUCAUUAUUUUAUCCUCCCUUUUUGAUUACUUAUCUGUGUGUUCCUUUGUCUUGUAAAGCGUAAAUGCCGUUAGUAAUAGGUUUCUUGUUGUAGGCUCAUGUAUUUGGUGUUACCGAGCUUUUUCAUAUCACAAUUCGGCCAUUUUUGUCUGCUAUUAAAUUGCGUACAUCAGUGGUAAGCUGUAGAUACCCUAGCAACCUUACUGACAAUGUCGACAUUGUCAAAUUCAUUACACUCCUUAUCACGAUGUCAUAAAUCAAUAGCACCUACGAAUAUACAACUGAAUAACAGUAAAUCGCCCUACUGAGAUAUUAUGGCUAAGCACUGACUAAAGGUAACGUUCAUAAGUUAAUUAUAGACUAAAUAACCGUCGUCGUGGUUAAAUACCCACUUGUUGUUCUCGAUAUUACCCACAUCGUGUUGACGGUAGCUUACGUCGAAUUUCUUAAGAGGACGUUGACAAAAUACCGAAAGCUAUUAGACUCUACUUCAGAGAGGCCAUAUUCUAAAAAACAUGAACGAAAAAGUGACAUUCUAUACAACUUUUCCCAUUUAUAAAUUUAAUCAAGGCGACAUCAAUUGUAUCAUUUCGUUGAAAUCACGAGGUGAUGUAGGUUAGACCACCAUUAAAAGCCUAAAAGCACUGGAUGUCCGUUUUGCUCUUUCACGGGACUCUUUGACAGUGGUCACCGACGAUCCUGCACAUGGCAAUCGUACCCAGGACCUCCAGUCUCACAAACGCUUAACCUCUAGACCACUGAGUCGGCAUUUAAUGGUGUUGAGAUGUAACUUCAGUCAACCCACGACAUUGCGUCACCGUAUUGCAUUGUCUUCGGUACGUAUCCAUCUCAUAUCCGAUGUGAAUUAGCUCCACUAGUAACGGCUUUUCACUAGAACUCCGUAAAUUCCUUCUCGAAGCUGGUCUCUAGUGAACAUGUGGUAAUUGUCAGUGAGUUGCGGAGGUUGUUUAAAUCGCGAACCAAUCUAAGUUGGACCAUCACUGAAAGCCUGCAAGCACUGAACAGUCGUCUCGUAAUGGUGUGGGACUCAACAGUGCGCAUCCACAAGCACCAUGUUAGUACGAAAUGGCGGUCUAAUCCUUCCAGACUGUCAAUGGUGGUUUGACUUAGAUCGGUUUAUGAUUUCAAUGAUAAUAAAGCAAUUUAGAUUGGUGAUACACUCCAAUUUAGAGUAGACUUUUAUCUUUUCGAUUAUCUUUCUAAUUAACCUCUGUGGACUUGUAAAUUAGCUACUUUUAAUUAUUCACAGUUGUGGAAACCGUUAUUUGUGUGUAGUUUUACCUUGACAAUCACAACAUCUGUUCUCUGACUUUUCUGGCUUUACUCAAGUGUGUACAGUAGCAAUUCUCGAUAUAAUGCGACGGCUUUCUACUCUGAAGAAUCAAGACUUCAAAAUCAAGUGACUCGUAAGUAAUAGAAAGCAAAGACGCAAGUUUCACCAAUAGUUAUUAUUAGUUGGCUACCUCAGUACUACAUAUAAGCGUGUAGUUACAGUAGUAUACUACCUCUACAACUGAGUUAAUUUUGUAAUUCUUCAUUAUAAGCAGUUGUGAUAUAAACAUUCACAGAUAACAAUAACUCUACGUUUAUGACAUAAUAUAUGUCGGGUUUAUCAUCCAUAGCUAUAGUUUGUCAUGCGUAUGACUCCGUAUUCAAUAAUUUCUUGGAGCUGCGUAAUUAUAUACAGUUGUGUUAUUUCACUCACCACUUGGAUUUACCAUAAAUGCUUUUGAAAGUGUAAAUCGACCAUCUUGGAUUUUAUUAUGACUGCGUAGUCACCAUCCUUUCAAAGUAUGCAUCUGUUUCUAUGGCUCCAGAAUACUUCAAUAUUGUUAUUUCAGUGCAGUGGAGUAACGGAUACCACAAGUCACGGGCGAGACGAAAAAAGGAUUAAUGUUGUUGUUAUUUUUAAAGAUAAGAAUAGAUACCUUUAGUAUUAAUUAUUUGUUAACGUCAGGCUCAAAUGAAUGUAUUGAGACCGUACAACGUGCUAUUACUGAACUUAUAAGUACAAAGCCUAAAAGGUAUGAGUCAAUGCAUGUAUUUCUUUUUCUGGUUUGAUGUUUGUCCAAAGCAUUAUUCUGUACCGUUUUAUUUCACAAUUCUUGUUAUUGUACAAUACUCUUAUUUGUAUAGGACAGUUUCAAACACUUCCUUUCUAUGUAAAUGAACUUUGUUUGCCGGAAUCAAAGCUCAUUGGUAAUGAUAGUGAGGAUUUAGCAGCUUCAUUUCACGUAAGAUUCCCAAACUACUGAACAAUGAGUAUCUCUCAUUCGUCAUCACCCAAUUUUGGGGAAAAGCCUCACUUCAAAAUUACCGAUCGACAGCAAUCAACACCUGGUGUGGAAUACCUACAGGGAAAUAAUAAUUGUUUUGAAGAGGAAGAAGAAUGGCAGUCGGUAAGGGUGUUCAGUAAUCUUCUUUUCAGUGUUUUUUUCUUACCUCAUCCUUUGCGUAAUAUGAAAUUUUCGUCCUGAAAUAUUUAAAAAUAGUAAGUGAGGACAAUUGCUUUAGAAAGUUAAGGUUGUCUGCAGAAGGAAAUACAGCCAAAUAAUUUCACUUGUUGACAUUUCUUCAAAAUCGACUUAUACACCAAGAUACUUGACGUUCACUUUAAGUUCAUGGUUCACUACUAGCAUCCUUAGUCUCAACAAGAUUAUUUUAAGUUGUAACUAUAUAAUAACUUAGAUCGUAUAGCCUAAUGUAUACGACAUAGAUUUAGAAUAUCGUGUAUAUCUUUUUCAAUUCUUUUCUCAAUUCGUCAUCAAAGUAUGGGGUCUGGUUUCCCGUAUGUCAUUCAACAUCUAGAUACUUCAGCUUUAAUCUUUCCCAGAUAUUUACAUGACGACUGAUGUAUUCCUUUUAACAGUCAUACUUUUUGUAUUUUGAAACACUGUUCUGUGACAUAUGUCAGACAUUUCACCAUUGAUAACUAGUCGAUAUCACAAAUAUACUUCGAUAUUUUUUCCUAAUCACUUAGUUUCAUUUUAGGUGAAUCACAUUUUGUAACUGAACAAGGUUGAGGUAUUUUUUUCUCAUGGUCGACCUCAUCAUUUCGUUAUCAAAGCCAGUCAACUAAAGUUAUUUGUCAGCUCCUUGUUAUCCUAAGUGAAUAUGAUCGUCAGAUGUCAUAGUUUUAUGACGCCUUAUGUUUUCAUAUAGUCACCAAUAUACUGUUAAGUUGAUACUUGGCUUGAUAAUGAGCAUACGCUCGGUCACGGUCAGUUAACUAAGUAUACAUUAGUGAUGUAAUUCAGCAAUCAAGUAGAAAUUUAUGGAACAUUCACUUAUCAAAAUAUGUAACAGGGUUUGUGUUAUAACUGUGACAAUAAUUGCUGCGGAUUAAGGGUAGCGAAUUAUUGAUCGGACCAAAGACGCACAAACACGUAGAACGACCUAGGGUUCUGAUUGGUCUCGCUUCCCUGUCUAGCCCAGUCAGUUGAGUCCAGAACACAAGUCGCAGCCUUGGAUAUAUGAAUCAUUAUAUUUCAAACAUACUUUGUUUAUAUACCAGUCAAGCAGACCACAACGUACCAUAAAAUAGAAAAUAACAUUGUACAAUAAUGGCCAGUAGGAAAAUGACACGUUAAAUAAAUAUUGACCAAUUAGAUGAUACCAUUUCAUGUCCAAGGAUAGCAUUAGGCUUAGCAGGAUAAUUUUUGGGAUAUUUUCCUGAAUAUCCCAACAGUUUGACAGUCUCUUAUAAAAUGGUAAUCUAAACCUAAAAUGAUGAUGGGCCAAGUAACUGUAUUCAUCAGGUAGCUCAACAGUAAUUACGUAAAUUGAUUUCUUAAGAGAAACGCUGCUGCUAAACUUUUUAACUGCUGUUUGAAAACAGAAUACUAACAGUAAACAUUUUGCUCUUAUCAUCAUUAUCCAUUACUUGCGUUAUGCAUGGUAGAUAUUUGUGUCUUUGAAAAGUAUCUCUUAUCAUUCGGAUAUCUAUUUAACUAAAUGUUAUAACUUCCGCUAUACUGUCCAGAUUUUUAAUAUUAUAGAUUUGGUUCUAAUUGCCCAAUCCCUUUUGUCAUGAAAUUUCUUAGGUUUAAUAAUUUUCUUAAUUGAUAGGAUUUCUGGUCGACUGUAAGUCUUAUAACCGAUUAUAAAUCAUAUCAAUAAACAAACAUCGGAUUUAUUCGGUUUUUUUCCAAUUAUUUACUCUAUGUUUACUUUUAGAAGUUGGAUGUUUGGCGUGAAAAACGUCGUCAAGCCCUACUCACUGAGGCAACAAAAUUUGCUUUACUUCAAGAGCGUGAGAGUAGGGAGAACGAAAGACGUAAGGAAGAAGUAAAAGAUCGCCUUCGUAAAGCCAAGUAGGUGAAAUGUGUAGUUGUUCAACGUUUCCUUAAAAUAUUUUCUUAUCCAAACGAUUGAACAUAAUAGGGCAUUAAAUAGUUCAUGGAAAUAUCUGUACCAAGACUGAUCUCCGGCGGCCUGUUUGAUCAUCUGGGCUACCUGUUCCUGCCAUCUAGAUAUUUCAACAAAUUAUCUAUUUUUGUUUGUUUUAAUAUAUCACUAAGUUUAUUAAUCGCAUAACCUAUUCUGCUGCGUUUCUGAAAAGUGUACAACCUUUCGUUGUCAAAGUUACAAAAAACUCAACAGAAAAUGUGGUUGCUGGCAAUAUACAACGAAAAGAAUGCACAUUAGUCAGAUGUUCAUUUACUGAACUGCUAACAUCUAACUGGCGAUCACUCAAUAUUUAUCGCCAGGACCGACCAAGAAGAAAGAAACGGAAACUUGUUGAAAUACUUUACGCUGAGAAUUCUAUAUUGUACCGAAAAUAUAAUAUUGAAUAAAGGUAAUAAUAAUAACCCACCCUAGUGUUCUCAUAAGCGUUUAUUACAAGUUUAUAGUUUACAAGGUUUCUCGGAUACGGUAAAAAGAAUAAAUUAGCAACUUGUUAUAGUUAAGAAGAUAUUUGAAAAUAAUGUAAAACUAUGUGUUCAUUCAAAGCUAUAAGUUAGUAGAAUACAGUUAUUGAUUUAUAAGAUUUGGAAUUAUAAUCGUAGUUGAAAAACAUAUUAAGCCACGUUCUUUUGUCCAGUCAGUGUAAUUGUCAUCUGCCAAGGUUAGGUACCUCUAUUCCUUUUGUAUUCUUGGAUUUUUUGUCACAUGUGUAUGUGAAGGACACUGUUUUUGUUAGGUUUCGCCUCAUCAUACGAAUGAUUUUAGACCAGGAGUAUGCUUUAAUAGAAUAUUCAUUAUCGAUAGUAUCAUACCUCUUCAGAUUUUUUCCUGUCUUUUUAAUCAUGUGGUCAAUAAUCCAGAUCGUUUCACUUCAAUUCUUCACACUACUGUAGUUAUCAAAUGUUGAAUAUGAUAUGCAUUUAAUAGUUGACGCCUUGCAACUGACUAUUUUCAUUAUUUUUCUUGCAAUCCUAGAAGCCAACGUAAUCUAAUUUCCAGUGGACAUGUUUCUUCCUUAGAUUUAGCUCCACCACCAAAAAUAAAUAGUCCUGGCGUCGCAUUACUAACAGGUAGCGAUUUUGAUCCGCUCACUUUUGGUCAUUUUGAAAAAAAUCAAAUAGAUACAGUCUCACCAUCACAAUCGGUUUCUUCAAAUAAAUUUCAGUACACAGAUAGUUCAGAUCUUUAUAAGUCAAAUGACUCCGAGACUAAUUUGAAGGCCUACUCCGAUUGUUCUUCACCUGUGUCUGAACUGAAAACUGAAGUUCAGAGUAAUAUUACGGACAAAAUAAUGGAUAUUUCUUCUCCAAACAAAAAUUCUGUCGAAAAAUAUGCCAAAUAUAAUCAAAUUGAAGUAAUUCGUGAUCUCAUGUCAAAACCAAAUAAUUGCAACGUUGAAGUCACCCCGGAAACCAAACUGCCUUUUGAUGCGAGUCUUGAAAAUAAUGACUAUUCAGAAUGCAAAUUACGUUUGUCAUCAAGACCUGGAGUAUCAGAGGUUCAUUGGGGACUAACAAUAAAAGCACGAGGUCCUUCAAAUACUUCCCCUUUUGUUGUUGAACGCGUUAAAAUUGGUAGUUCGGCAGAUAUCUGUGAAUUUCAAAAAGGUGACAUAUUGGCUUCUAUUGAUGGCAUAAACCUGGGUACUAGUCGGAAGAACACUGACAAAAACACCAGUCAAGUUACAAACUUAGAGGAUCUAGAAAACUUGAUGGCUCGGUUAGUUUUGGCCAACAAACCAAUUACUGUUCAGGUCUUCAGAAAAAUGGAUGAAUUUGAUGAACUGAACGAUGGCGAAUCGGAUACAGGUGGAGAUUUUUCUGUCGAAUCAGCAGCUGUGAAAUCCAAACACACACCAAGUAACAUUAGUGAUUCCGAUAGUGAAUGCCAUGAGUUACUUGUUUCUCCUGUUGUCAAGGUUUCUCACAAAACAUCUCCUGUUGAUAGCCCAGUUUUACAAAGAUCUAUCACAAUUACACAUUCACGUCAUAGGUCACCUUCCCGAAGCUCAAUUCAAAUUUCUGAUGACGAAGUUAACAAUUCAUCUGUGUCAUCUAACUCCGAAGUAAAAGAAUACAAUUGUCUAAAAGGGAACUUUAAUAUUUCGUCCAAAUCAAUUGGUUUAAUUUCUAAGAAUGAGAUUUCUCCAUUAUUUAAAUCACAUCAAGAUAAGUCUAAAGAUGAAAUUUCAAAUCCUGCGGAAUUUGAUAUAUCAUCAAAUACACCAACUCCAUCGGAUUCAGCAAAUUGCAACAGUACUUUAUAUCAUAAACAAAAUGUAGAAGUAACUUUAACGGAACCUGUUUCUUUCUCAUUGGUAACUGCAUCCACACUAUCUCCAAGCAUUCAAAUGACCCAUCAAAUACAGCCAACUGUUUCUGUUUUGGAGGAUAUUAAGCCUACUGGUUUUAUACAUAAGAAAAUAACUCGUCCAGAACACUUUGCUGUGAACAGAUCACUUGGACAAGAGGUAACAUAUGUUUCAAAAAUUGUUGGAGAUUCCCCCACAUCAACACCUACAUUUCUAGGUGAAACGACUUCGCAUCUUUCGUCGUUACCCAAAACAAGACAUGUAUCAAAGCAGAGAACAUUCCAUAUUCAUCCCAAACUGCCUGAAACAUGGGAUGAUAUUCCCUCUCAUACAUCUGGUAUUCGAGGUUCAUUUCCCGCAAACUAUAAACAGAAUUCAGUGUUCAAUGUUCCUCCACAAUCUUACCCUCUAUAUACUACAGAUUUGUGUAAAUCAAAACAACUAGAUUCCUUCCGACCCCAUGUCCCUCCACGGCCUAUUCCUAAAGUAACUCGUGCUGCACCCCAGUUUAGUGGAUUCACUACGACGGUUGAAUCUGAAUCACGUCCAUCCAUCUUCAGUUCAAGAAACCAAACGAUUCCAGUUAAGUCCGAUUCACUUUCCGAUACAACAAAAAGCAAGUCCCUACGUGUCUCAGAAUCCGAUAUUUAUGUCAACACUUCGAACAUUCGUUCUUCACCACAACCUGAUGCAUUGAUACCGAUGACUAAAAUUAAACUGAAUGGUGAUGAUAAACAAAGCAUCACCGAAGAUUUUGUUAAUGACCACGGUUUGGAAAGAUCAUCUGUUAAAUAUGCUUUGAGGUCUUCUGAUGAAACUGAGAAAUUUCCACUGCCAGUACAUCAAGUUUGCGAAAAUUCGGAGGUUGAAGUACCACCAAUUCCCCCUCGGACGCCACGCGUGCGAAUAGUCGAUAUUAAUCAAUUAUGCGCAGCGUGUAAUUCCAAACUAGAUUCUGAGGACUCAAUGGUUAUUGAAUCCUUAAAUCUAUACUAUCAUUUACCAUGUUUUGUAUGUGCAAGAUGUGGAAUUGCGUUAGGCGAUGGUCUAUCAGACGUGGAAGUUCGUGUUCGGCGUAACUUGCUUUACUGUUCACAUUGUCAUUCCAAGAAUCUCACUGUAUCGAAUUAUAACAAGAAUGAAUGUCAUCCAACGAUGCAAAGUGUGCAACCUAGCUCUCAACCACUAAAACCCACUGAUAAACGACACCGAAACGGUUCAGAACAGCAGUUAUCAUCUAAUUUAAAUAAACGAUUUGACUGCCUCAUUCCAAGAAAUGGAUGUAACCUUACCGCCAAAACACAAAUUAGUUGGCUUUCGUAAAUUUCAACACAACUGUGUUAUUCCUGCACUGAUUUACAUACAAGAAAUUAAUGGAAGAUAAACACAAUAAUAUCAUGAAGUUAAAAUCUCUAUUUAUUUAUUUCAGCAUCACGUUCUGUAAACUGCCUUCGUUUUUCCUUUGUUUUAAUCAAAAGAACACAAUUUCUCAAUAUUGUGCACUAUGACUGACGAUUCGAGCUUAAUAACUGUGAUUUCGACGAGUUCAAACCGGAAAUUUAGAUCACAAACAGGCUUCGUAAGAUGAUUCCUACUUAAUCAUAAAUUUGAGCUAUAACAUGCACUUUUAUCUUUCAUAAAAACUGAAGCUACAAUUUUGUACGCAUAAUUUUAUUUUGCUUGGCGAUAUCCUCUUAUUUUGCUACUAUUACUUUUACAAUUGAUUCGUUAGUUGUCCUCUAAAAUAUCAUUUAUAUAUUAUCAUCUAAUUUUCUCUAUAUGCGACUCUAUCGUCACACUUAUGUACAAUCCUUUUAAAAAUAUCGUACUUUAAACUAUAUAAUCGGAAUAUGUCCAAGAUAUCUUAAAAUACUACUAGUGUGUGUUUAUAGUAGCAUUGAAAUAUCAAAGUGAAGAUAUACGACA